AUGUUCAGCGUCAUCUACACGCCGACAGAAGGGGAUGCGAUCCAGAACUAUUCGCGCUUGUUUCGCAGACCCGAGGGCUGCUUUCUCGCUAUCAAUGACCAGGAUCGCAUCGAGGAAAGCCUGUCCAACUUCGGGGGCGGAGAGGACAUCGAUUACAUUGUCGUGAGCGACGGCGAAGAGAUUCUGGGAAUCGGCGACCAGGGUGUAGGAGCUAUUCUGAUAUCCGUCGCUAAAUUGGUCCUCUCCACGCUCUGUGCGGGAAUACACCCAUCGCGACAACUUCCCGUCGUUCUGGACUGUGGAACAGAUAACGAAAGCUUGCUCAACGACGAGCUGUACUUGGGUCUUCGCCAGCCACGCGCCCGGGGCAAGGACUAUGACCAAUUUGUGGAGAAAUUCGUCACUGCCGCUAGAAAGAUGUACCCUCGGGCGUAUAUUCAUUUCGAGGACUUCGGUCUCCAGAAUGCCAAAAGGAUCCUGGAGAAGUAUCGACCGCAUGUCCCGUGCUUCAACGACGAUAUCCAAGGCACCGGGUGUGUGACUCUGGCGGCGCUGAUGUCUGCCUUCCAUGUCAGCGGCACCAAGAUGGAAGAAGCGCGCAUUGUGAUUUUUGGCGCAGGCUCCGCAGGGACUGGCAUCGCGGCGCAGAUUGCCGACGCCAUUGCGAUGGAGACACACAAAUCCAAGGCCGAAGCAUCCAAACAGAUAUGGUGUUUGGAUAAGCCCGGCCUCCUGUUCAAGUCUUUAGGCGACAAGUUGACCGCCGCGCAAGUCCCCUUCGCACGCGACGACGACGAGUGGCCCAAAGACAAGGGCAGCGAUAUGCUUACGGUGGUGCAGGAGGUGAAACCGCAUGUGCUGAUUGGCACGUCCACCAAGCCCAAAGCCUUCACAGAAGAGAUUAUCCGGGAGAUGGCGAAGCACGUCGCCCAGCCCAUCGUGUUUCCGCUUAGCAAUCCCACCCGGCUGCACGAAGCGUGCCCGGAAGAUAUCAAUCGCUGGACAGAUGGCCGGGCGCUGAUGGCGACAGGGAGUCCGUUCCCGCCUGUUGAGCGCAACGGGGCCAAAUAUGAGAUCGCGGAAUGCAAUAAUUCCACUUGUUUCCCAGGCAUCGGGCUCGGCGCCGUCUUGUCCCGAACACGAGUCGUGUCCGACAAGAUGCUGGUAGCGGCGGUCAAAGCACUCGCUGCGCGGUCGCCAGCGCUGCAGGAUCCGAAUCAGCCUCUCUUGCCGGAUGUGGAGGAUGUGCGCGAGAUCAGUGUGGAUAUUGCGCGGGCUGUGAUUGCGACUGCGGUCGAGGAGGGCCAUGCGCAGGAAGAGGGGAUUCCCAGCGAUGCAGAGGAACUGGAGGAAUGGAUUCGCGUACAGAUGUGGGAGCCGACAUAUAGACCGCUGGUUCCGUGUUAG